GCCAAAACGUUGCUGCAUUGAAUAUAGCUGUUUUCUUUUUACAAACGGAAGCUUUCGCGCCUAACGCUUGUAGUGAGUUCCGUUUAAAAAAGGAUACCUCAGAAGAAUAAGGCCACAUUUUUGAUAGCAGCAGACGUUUUCAGGUAAUAAAGAUGACAGCCUAUAAAAGCAAUGCCUCACUCAAGAAAAAACUCAGCUUUGAGCUCGUAAGGAUCAUCAGCAGCUUAAAGAAGGAGAAUAUCCAGCUGAAGAAGACUCUAGCUGAGGUGUCCCAUCAUCACGCCGAACAUAAUAAGCUUGUGGAGAAACUCCUCACUCUUGAAACUCUGCAGCUCGAGAGUCGUCAGCAGCUUCCGGCAAAAGAUGAAAAAACAACUUCGACCUCAGAGGAUUCCCCAUCAUUCUCCAAUGACGAAGCUGUCUCACAUCUGCAGCAUAUGCUCAACGAUGCAAGUGUUGUGAAAAUUACUUUGCUCGCUUUAAUUUUUCAUGUGACAAAGUAUGACUGGGCUUUGGAAAAGAACAAGCAGUGGCUGGAAUAUGACCAGCAGAGAGAGGCCUAUGUUAGGGCAAUUCUGGACAAAAUGUUAUGGCUGGAGAAGCAUCUGAAUGAAACCAACCAGGCCCACUCAAUGCAGCACAAUGAGGAGCAUUCAUAUGCAGAGGCAAAAAGACAGGUUAAAGAAAUCUAUGAAAGCCUCGUGAAAGAGGCUGAUCUCUGGCUGGACAUGCUUAAAAAACAAGUUGAAGUGACUCAUCAGGAGCUGAUCAUUGCUGAAAAAAGGUUCAGGGCAAGAGAAGAAGAGUUGGAGGCUCUCACCCACCACCUGAAGAGUGAAAUAAUAAACAAAGGAAGCCCAAAAGAAGAAUGUCAUAACUCCGAGGAGGAAGAGCAACAGCUGAGGGAGGAGACCCAAGAACUCCAAGCCAGGCUGAAGGAGGAGAAACGGAGGUCUACGAACUUUGAGCUGCAGGCGAGCCUCUAUCAGAGGUACAUGUUAAACCAUCACCAUGCAGACCAGGAAAAGAUUUCAGAGCUGGAAAGACAGAUCAAGAUUUCUUCACAAGACCUUGAGGAUGCAAAGCGGGACUCUUCAUAUUUAAAGAAGCAAAUGAUCAGAAUUCUGAAGAAGCUUCCUAGAGCUGAAGGCCUUUCCCCAGAUCAGGCAAAGAGAGACCAGCAGGACCCGGACUCAUGUGAAGAGGCGAUGCCGCCCUCCUCGUCCCCCGGAGACAACCCGGUGUCCUCCUCUCACACCAGCGUGCUGAAUGAAAGCGUCCUGGAGUGUCCCACCUGCCAGAACGAGUACCCAGCCAGCGAAUACAGAGAGCUGCUGAAGCACCUGGAAAUCUGUCUCGAGUGAAUCUAACCCGUGGAAGUUCAGUUCUGUUUCUUUGUUUAGGAGUCACAGCACAUGUUCAAUGCCGGUUAAUAAUCUGCAAUUUUGCCUGCAUGUCAGUUUAGAACCGCAGUUCUGAAAUGAUUUGAAAUGCAUUUUACCUGGAGAUUUGUUCUGUUUCUUCGUGAAAAUAAAUUGAUGUAAAAUGACUGGAUUAAACCUUUAAUCAUUGAUUAGG